AUGAUGUUUUGUCUAAGAAGCUUGCACUACAUUGUAUUUCGUUUCCAAUAUAUUCUAAGCACCGGUUCGUAUUCUAAUCGUAACUUUUUCUGUUUCGUUUCUAAUUCUAACAUAGCUUUCCGUUCGCGGUUCGUUUCUAAAAAUUCUAGUUUUAACACAACUUUCGUUUCUAAUUCGAGUUCUGACACAACUUUCCAUUUCGUUUUCAAUUCUAACGCAUGUACUCAUUUUUUUUCAUUCAGCCGUAGACGUUUCUUUAGAACAACCAACGUAAAAAUCAAGUACCCCAUGUCACAAAAAAAGUUCGCCAUCCCGACGAAAACGAUAAAUGCAUCUUUCCCCAAGAUGAAUUUCAGCAAGUUCAGUUGUACAACCCGAACCCAAAUUUUGCUUUUUUUCAUGAUUCCCAUACAACAGUAUGUACAACCCGUACAAUACUUAUUACAGUUUAGUUUGUUUCAUCAUGAUUCCCAUCAUCAACAUCAUCCCCCAUAGCAGUCCGACAUUUUACAUCCUCUUCGAAAUCAAAUUAUCCCUUCCUAAAAAUACACGCAACGAGGAGAUGAAUUUACUUGAAGGUAUUUGAGGCGGUGUCGUAGUUCUACUG